AUGCCCGAGUAUCGCCACAUGCGCAGCGGCAGCCUCAGCAUCCCCAGCGCUGCCCACGGCGCCCAUCACAGCAUGCCGCGCAGCCCGCCCAAUACAUCGCACGUUCCGUGCAAGUUUUUUCGCCAGGGAGCCUGCCAGGCCGGCAAUGCCUGUCCCUUCAGCCACGACCUGGGCGCUGCCUCUGAGACCAUCUGCAAAUAUUUCGCAAAGGGUAACUGCAAGUUUGGCCCCAAGUGCGCAAACAUCCACGUCCUGCCCGACGGCCGCCGAAUCAACUACGGUAAGAAUGGCGUUACCAUCGGUCCAAAUCCCCUCAAUCGCGCGGGCGGCGCCAGUCCCGUCUCACAGACCCAGGGCGCUGUCAGUAGCCCCUUCGGCCAUUCGACCGCGAGUGCCCUGACCACGUCCCUCUACCGUGCCGAUCAGCCCGCAUACCCUUAUCUCGGCGAUGAGAUGCAGCACCUCGGCCCUUCCGGCGGCCACGAUAACGGGCCCCCAACCAUUGAUGCGCCCUACUCUGUCACAGAGUCCAACUACGGCUCCCCGCCCGACGACGACUCCUCCCGCCUUGGCUUUGGCCUGUCCCCCGCCGCAAAGGGCCUCUCCGUCCUCGAUGCCCCGUUGCCCGCCUCGUUCGACUCCAACGGCAUCUCCAACGCCGCUCGCUUCCCUGCCGCGCCGUGGCCCUCGUCCGUGCCGUCAAAGUUUGGCCUGGAGUCGCCGUCUCCGUCACUCAGCAGCAUCAAGGACUCGCGCACGUCGGAGACACUCAAGCUGCUCCACUCCUCCGCCUUUGGAUCGUCCGAACACCUUGCGACCCCCAUCGCCGGCAGCCCGCCAGACUCACAGCAUCUCACCGGCGAAGAGUACUUUGGGAAGCGAAUUAUGCAUUCGACCCGAUACCCCAAGCCGCGGCUGCUCAGCGCCAGCAUGCCCAAGAACAUGGUGGACCGCGACUGGGAGGCCGAGUUUGCCUUUGGCGACGACGACAACGUGCCGGAGAAUCUUGUUCCGGGCGACCUGCAAGAUCUGUUGACCCCGGCAGAAAAGGCCCGCAGAGGCUCGAUGCGAGACGAGAGGCCCGACUUCAGCCUGGGCAGCCUGGGCAAAUAUGGCAGCCCCAUUGGCUCGAGCCCGAGUCGAUGGGGACCCCUGUUCCAGCGUCAGAAGGAAGAGGAGGAGAUGACGAGAUCGGCCCGAAGCGCUGCCGGAUCAGCCUUUGGCCACGUUGGGAGCCCCCUGCGAAAUUCGAUUCUGGCCAAGGAAAUGUCGGACGACCUCUCGGGCGCCAAUGGCCGCCCAUCUGCCAUUCGGUCUGGAAGCGAAUCCAUGUCGAUGCUCUCUCAGCAGCUGCAACGGAGCCGGCUGGAUGACACCCUGAACGGCUCCAGUCCUCUGCUGCACCCCACCGUCACUCGCAGCGCUAGCAACGGCAUCUCACCCAUCGGCAAGGACCGCGGUCUGGAGCGCCACGUCUCCAGCAACAGCAUUGGUUCGUCUGUGAGAUUUACCACUCCCAUUGACGAGGAAGAUCCCGCCUUUGUCUUCAGCAUGGAAGAGGAGGAAGACGCAUCGGCGUCAAAGGCCCGCAAGCGUGGCUCUUCCGGUUUGGCGAUUGGGACCUACAGCUCCUAUGCCAACGCCGCCGCCAGCAAGGGAGUGACAUCCUCGAAUGGAGCCAAAGACGGGCGAGAUGCUGUGCCAGUCAAUGGAAGAUGA